GUACUUGUAGGUGGACAGAGGAAAAACUUAUUAACUCUCGUCCCACGUUUUCGAUGUUGUGUCAGAUAGCGAUAUGAUUUUCAGAGAUUUGCAAGACAGCAGAAGAAAUCGAAUAUCUUUAUUUAGUUCAAUCAAUUGAUUGAUCUUAUCAGGUAAAAUAUAACCGCUAGCCGCUAGCUAAUUCGUGACACCAGACCUCCUUAAUUCUGUCGUCAUGCUUGUGCUAGGAGUCGCUAUAGCUUGUGUGUUCUUCUGCGAUUCCUCUGUGAGUGCCAUCCAGACCUUUAAAUUCGAGCUCGAGCCCGGCAGGCAGGGCAGCCUGUUGACGAGCCCGGACCUCCGCGCACCUGUCCAGGCGUUCAGUCUGCUUCACUGCAGCGCCGUGUGUGCCACCCACCACUGCAGGGUCUUCUUCUACAACCGUAGGUCCAGGUACUGUUACCUGUUACAACGACAGCUGAAGGAGUCGGAUACCUUCACCGCCAGCGCUGGAACCAGAGUGUUCCGUGUGACCUCUGCUGGGUUCCUGACUUUACCAUUAACUACCACUACCACUUCUACCACUACCACUACCACUGUCCGGUUUGGAUCAGGAGAUGACUAAAUGGAGUGUGCAGGGCUGUACUCCCAAAAUGUCCAAAGA